AUGCUCUGGUCACCGGACCACGACAACUCAUUUUCAAAAGCAGUAUCAGAGGCCUCUCAGCACGAAGUGGAUAGCUGGGGGGUGAUCGUGAACAGCUUCAUGGAGAUAGAAGGGCCUCAUGUGCCUACCUUUGAGUCUUUCUUUGUUAAUGGAGCCAAAUCAUGGUGCGUUGGUCCACUCAUGCUCUGUGACCCACCGGCUGAACCGAUCCAACCGGAAAAUACCAUGUGCACAAAGUGGCUCGCCGAGCAAGCCAUGCAGGAGUCAGUGAUCUACGUGGCAUUCGGGACACAGGCUGAUCUGUCGGAUGCCCAGCUGGAUGAGGUUGCUUUUGGGUUGGAGAUGUCGGGGCUGAGUGUUGCGAGGGUGGGGCCUGAAGGAAUUGUAGGGAGGGAGGCGAUCAGUGAAGGUGUGAGGGAGUUGAUGAGAGGAGAGGAGGGGAAGAACGCGAGAGAGAGGGUCAAGGAGUUGAGCCGAGUGGCCCGGAAGUCGGUUCAGGAGGGUGGUUCAUCUUAUGAGAACUUGAGCCGGCUACUUGACCAACUAGAGCUUCAAGGCUCUAGUCUUACAAGCGGUUCGGUACUUCACUAG